AUGACCCUCCACAUCCGCCAUUAUUGGAGACUAGCUCGAUCGCAAGCGACACCAACUCCUGCAAAGAGCACAGAAACAGCCACCGCAAAACAAAAAGAAGACGGGAAGACUCGAAACCGAGCAGCCAUCGCCCUCAACCUCGUCCACAUCCCUCUCAAAACAUCAUGCGAGAUCCUCCGCAAAUUCUACAACUCCUCUGGAGGCGACAGUUGGAGUAACCAGGAUGGAUGGCAGUAUGUCGACAGCGUUCGUAUCCCGACCAGCUCUCCGCGGGGUCAAUUCCGAGGAGACGAUAACCGAGUCAUGCCUGGCGCAGAUCUCCGUCGUCGCGCCCAACGGUCUGAUUCCAAGCGAGACAAGUACAUUCCACCAGACAACAUCGAUGACGACAACGACUUUGCUCCUCAGCUGCCCCGACCUCCAACAAUAAACCACCCUCCUUCGACUUCGUCGGAUCUUCGUCAGGGAAACGCGGUGCCGGUAAGUCAGUCACCACAAUCGCCUCCAGCAUACGACUAUGAUGAUAGCGAUCCACUGCAAGGAUCUCUUUUCCAUCCCUCACCAACAUUGGACCCGGACAACUGCUGUGACAAUCGACACCAACCGGACGAUGAUAACAACGAGAACGGACAAAAUCCGGACGGGAAUUACAAUGACGAUGGUCAUGACGAGGACGACGAUAACUACGACGACUAUGGGGGCCCUCGUGUGCGCAACCCCGUAAAGCCUAGUCCCCGGGGACAUGUCAAAGAUGACUGGCACAUCAUUGAGCUUCAUUUAGGAUACAACGGUCUGACGGGCCCCGUCCCAGAAGAACUGAGCGAAUUACUGAAUUUACUCAUCCUGGACCUCAGCAACAACGACCUGACAGGAACGAUCCCCGAGUCCUACAGCAAGCUCUCCCACCUUAGACGAUUGGACCUGAGCUCCAACCAGAUCACAGGCGACUUUCCCGUAGCAGUGACCAAGAUGGUGAACAUUCAAGAGCUUGUCAUCAAGAACAACUACAUGAAAGGUCCACUCCCCAAAGAAGUCAUGAAGCUCAAGCAACUGACCGAGCUAUCGAUUGCCAAUAACGACUUUGACGGUCUGCUCCCUGAAGGCCUCUUCACAUCGCUCACUAAGCUGCGCGUGAUUAACAUCAACCAGAAUGGGUUCACAGGGGACAUUGCUGGUGAGAUUGGGGCUCUUGCUGGUCUUUUGCGAUUUUCUGCGCGCGCGAAUGAGUUCAAGGGUCGGAUCCCAAAAGAGUUUGGCAGCUGCAAGCAACUCCAAUUCCUGAGUCUGGCAGAUAACCAUUUCUCGGGAGAGCUCCCCGAUGCGCUUUUUGAUCUUCAGAACCUCAAAGUGCUAGACUUGCCCGACAACAAACUGGGUGGGGACCUCUCACCCAGGAUCGGCAACAUGAUCAGCCUAACACGACUGGUCCUGGCACACAAUGAGUUUACAGGCCCGCUACCAGUCGAGCUCCAGAAUCUGACUCGCAUGGAGUACAUGGUGAUCAACUACAACCAGUUCGAUGGUCUGUUCCCUAUUGCUACCGCGCCAACUCUGAUGGGUGUCUGCCUUGUGCAACCAAACGAGUUCUCAGCUUGUCCUCCCAACUCAUCCGUCGAGACAUCCACCACGUUGGCCUAUCGCUGUAAUCUCGACUGUAGAGAUCGCGUGAUACACCCAGAGAAAUACGACGAGUUUUCGGGUGCUGCAGGACCGCUGGCUCUUCAACGGUCGAUGCUGGUAGUCUUUCUAGCCACUAUCAUAGCUAUUCUUCAGCUCUUGUAA